AUGGUUGUUCGUCUGGACUCCCUGCAGCCUGUUUAUUCUUUGCCUUCCCUCGACAUCCCUGAUGAAGCCGAGGAUGCCCCGGCUCCCGGACUUCCAGUGGUGAGAUGGGCAUGGGCCAUGUGUUAUUUCCUAUCUAACUUGCUCAAGGCAACCACCGGCUCUUCGCGCCUGCCGGCCAUUGUCUUCGGUGCCGCGGCUCUGUCAAGUAUUUACAACGUACAAGAUCACUUGUCGAGUUUCAACCCAGUCCGCACCGUUCGGCUAGCACUUCGCUAUGGCGUCACCGCAUUCGAUACCUCCGCAUAUUACCAGGAGUCUGAGAUUGUCCUAGGGACUGCCCUGAAGGCCCUCGAGCUCGACUUCCCGCGCUCUACAUACAAACUGAUGACGAAGUGCGGCCGUUACGGCAGCACAGUGGCGGAUUUUGAUUACUCUCCCGCGACUAUCCGCGCUAGCGUUCAGCGUAGCCUGGCACGCCUGAAUACGAACUACCUCGACGCCGUCUACCUCCAUGAUGUCGAGUUUGUGUGCACGCAAGUUGGUCCGCGCGAAGCCGGGGACCCGACCAUCGCCCUGGGCGAUGCGCAGGCCGAAUACGGCCUAGCGCCAGGGCAGGAAGGUGAAGUAUGGGGAGAGGGUGAUCAAAAGAUCGUCGACGCGCUAGGCGAGCUGCGAAGGAUGCAAGACGAAGGUAUUAUCAAGGCCAUCGGGAUCACAGGUUACCCGCUACCGACCCUGCUACGCCUCGCGCUGCUGGCGCUGCACACGCCGCCGUAUAAGGCACUCGACGUGCUGCUCUCAUAUUCGCACCUGACGGUUCAGACCACCACGUUCGCUGCGUUUGCUCCCCACUUCCGCGAGCGCGCCCGGAUCUCACAGCUGCUCACUGCAUCCCCACUGAAUAUGGGCCUUCUCACGCCGACUCCGCCUUCCUGGCAUCCCGCUUCCCAGGAGUUGCGCGCGGCAGCAGGCCGCGCCAAUGUAGUGUGUGCAGAAUGGGAAGGUGGGCUUCCCAAUGUGUCUGUGGGCUUUGGAUAUGGGAAGGCCAUUGAGUUGGAUGUGCCUAUGGUGGUAGGACUCAGUAAUACUAGGGAAGUUCACGAGAAUGUGCAUGUUUAUCGAGCAGUCAGGGACGGGAAGGACGAGACGAGGCGUGCACAGGAGGAUGCUGUUGUUAGAUCAUUUGGUGACUUACAACAGUGGUCUUGGGCUUCACCCCCAGCGCAUCUCAUUUAA